AUGAUUAACAAUAUUGGUUCACCUGAUAAUAAAAUAUUCUCUUUGCGUUAUGAUAUGUGUGAUGUUUAUGUCGCUAUAGCAUGUGAUGAUGGAUAUAUAUAUAUAUGUUUAGAAUUAAAAAAAUAAAUUGCUUAUAGAUUAAAAGAUACAAAUAAAAACUCAAAUUAACCUGUAACUUGUGUAAGAUGGAAUCCUUAGCUUAUUUAAAAAGAUAAUAUAUUAUCAACUUAUUCAGAAGGGAAAUGUAUAUAUUGGCAAUGUUCUACUCAAAAAAUACUAAAAGAAUUUACUGAAAGUGGAAAUUAUAUAAAUACUUGUGAUAUUUCGCCUGAUGGAUAUAAGUUUAUUACUGCAGGAUCCGAUAGUUAUAGUAAGACUUUAUGA